GAGCCGUGUCGAUAUUAGUGAGUGAAAGUGUUUCAUUAGUUUUAAUGCCAGAGUUCGUUCUGUAGCUCAAACUGUUCGCCAUGCUAGCUGCACUGCUGAGACGUUAGGACGAACAGAUGCACCCAGUGUGAUCGCCUCUCCGGACGUGGGAUGACGGAGGAUGAGGAUUGGCGUACCACCGUUGACAGGGGCGGGUUUAGUGCUAUUCUGGAACUCAUCUUGCGCAGCGCAUCUGUAUCAGCAAAACCACAGCGGCUAGAUGUGUGGACUCCUGCAAUGUGACUCAUUCUGUAAUAUAUCCUUACACGCAAUUGUUUUUCAGCCCGCGCUGCUUGAAGGUUUUUUUCAACAUCUUCAUCAUCUGAGGAAAUGAGAUUACAUAGUUUUCAUAAGUAAUACUCGUCUAUAGACACAAAAGUUGCCUAGUGACAUAGAGUCUGUUGGAUCAGGUGAGACCAUGGCACAGGUGGAAGAGUCUCAAAGCGAAGGCAGCCCCCAGAUGAUUUCCCUAAGGUCAGACACAUCAGGGAACCAUGUUGAUGACGGAGACGUUGGACCCUCGAUGAGGAGGAAGAGGAGGAGGAAGAGAGACCAGCGCCCAGAGUCCAUUAUCAUCUACCGCUCUGACACGGACAGGGCGCCUGGAGAGGACCAAAGCGUAGAGGAGGGAACCGAGAGGAGCUCCGAGGAGGGAGCCAAAUUCCUCUGCACACCUACAGGGGAAGCAGGAGGAGGUUGGAACCUUCCGCCAGACAGCCGCUAUGUUACCUUGACAGGCACCAUCACUCGGGGCAAGAAGAAAGGCCAGGUGGUGGACAUACACGUCACGCUGACGGAGAAGGAGAUCAGGGAACUGGCCAAGUCCAAAGAACGUCUUGAUGCAGAGUGUGAGGCGGGCGACGGCUCUAAACGAACCUGCAGCUUGGGGGUCUGCCAGGGGCCCCAUGUUGUCCUCUGGAGCAUUUCCUGUGCUCCCGUGGUCUUCCUCCUCUCCUUCAUCACCUCCUUCUACUACGGCACGCUCACCUGGUACAACGUCUUCCUGGUGUACAACGAGGAGCGGACUUUCUGGCACAAGAUCACCAUAUGCCCCUUCCUCAUCAUCUUCUACCCCGUGCUCAUCAUGCCCAUGGCGCUGUCUCUGGCGCUGUACUCCGCUGUGGUGCAGGUGUCCUGGGCCUUCGGUGAGUGGUGGCAGUCAGUGCGUGACCUGGAGAAAGGCUUCUGUGGCUGGGCCUGCGGGAAGCUGGGCCUGGAGGACUGCUCACCCUACAGUAUAGUAGAGCUGCUUGACUCGGACACUGUGUCUGGCACCCUGCAGAGCAAGGCCCCCAGUGAAUUCGCUCAGACGUCAUCGGUGUGAACCAGAGACUGCUGAGGCCCAUACUGACAAUGGCAUCACACUUACAAGUGCUUUGCUCAGUUUCAGCAGAUGGGGCAGAAUUACCUGGGUUUAAAAUAGUGAUUUUACAACAAUAUUUCUCGGAUCACAGGUGAUGAAGGACACCGGGUUUGAACAGUCCAGAUAACACAAAGCACAUGUUGAAUUUAACAGAAAGGUAUUUGGAAGCAGCCUCGUUAUACCUCUCUGCCUAUGGUACCUAUCAAACACUGCCUAAACUCUCUGCUGGUGCUGAACUAUUACUAAGUGUAAGUGAUUUUCACACUGUGCAUGGUUGUGGCUAAUUGUCCAUUCUUUUCUAACUGAUUGUUAUGGUCGGCACAGAUCACCAUGGCCACCUGUAAUUACACGACAAUGCUCUGACCUUUCACCUUCCUACAGGUUGUAGACACUGAUGCACAUACUGUAUUACUGGAAGUCUGUGAGUUGACCACUUCAUCUGUAAAUAUCUGUGAGAAAUGUAUGAGUAUUGCUCAACAACGUGUAACAUAAGGCUGGCACUGUCUUUUAUGUGAAGGUCUCAUCAAUAGGAUGCAUUUGAAGUGAGAAAAGCUGGAAACUGCUCCAAAAUGUGAUUAAUUACCUACUCUGCCCAUUUUUCUUCAGAUCUGAUAUAAACCAUUCUAAAUUGAUCACACAUUUACAAAUUGUUUUAGUAUUUUACAGCAGAACAUUUUUUGUUAAUCUCUUAAUGGAUUUGUGAGAAAAAUGGUUCCAUCUCUAUGCUUUUAUAUUAUCCAUUACCCACAUGAGGUUUUGCUAAUAUAAACAUAUUUCUUAGCAGCUUGAGAACAGGAAUUAUCCCUGCAUGCGAGUUCUUGCUUGUUCUGGGCCUCUAGGCUAAGUGUAACUAAAGUGUUAGGUCCGCUUUGGGCUCUGUACUUUGACUUGACAGUGUGAAGGAGCAACACAAACUGACCAGUCUGUUUUUACUAUCAAGGACCUGAAAGGAGAAGUCAGCUGUGAAUAGAAGCCAUAGUGAUGACUACCUGGCCAAUCAAACACGUCUUUUCACUGUCACAUUGUUGAAGGUAUCAAAUGUUUGUGAUUAUAAACUACAUGGUUUGUCUGUAGUGUAUUAGUCCACAGAACAUUUAAGUUCACUGUGAUUUUCUAUCCAACAAUACAUCAUCCGCUGCAUCUUCAAUACAGCCAGUUCCUAAUUUUUAUUUAUUUUAAAUAUUUUUUUUCUUGUACACAAUUGUUUUUGUAGCUAGGUGUUUUAUACUCUGGUGCUUUGAAAUGAAUUUAUUGAACAACUAUUUUUAUGUGACUAUCAAAUAAAUACCUACUGGGUUUGGUUUAAAUAUAAAUUAUUAUUACUGAUAUAAUUACUUAUGAAAAACCUUGGCUGAGAUUAGUGCUUACAUAUUAUUUUCAUACAUGUGAAGACAUGGAUGGUGGUGAAUUGAAGUAUUAUGACAUGUUAUGCAAAUGCAAAAUUAAAACUAAAUAAAUAUACAUAAAUAGUUAAA